UUCAACUCAGUAGCUGCAAAAUGUCUGCAAAGUUCACUUUAUUCCUGGCCGCCUUGGGGCUGUUCUCGCUCUCCCUCACUGGAGCGUAGAAUAUAGCGUCUAGUGUUAGUGAUGGAGUGCCUGAAUUCUUUCACCCAAAUACUAACUUCGAGAAGAUCGGUAAUGGAUACUAUUAUAUUGAAACGAAGGAACUUAAAAACUGGUUUGAUGCCUCUGAGUCGUGUCGCCGGAUGGAAGCUGCUCUAAUCUCAUUCGAGACCAGGGAGGAGUGGGAUUCGAUCAAUCAGUAUCUGUUUCAACGGAAUAUCUAUGAUGAAUACUAUACCUCGGGCACUGACCUGGCCAUCAAGGGUGAACAUGUUUGGUUCUCAACGGGAGAACCCCUGGAACUGAACAUUUGGGGUCGGGGGGAACCAAGUAAUAAUGGCGGAAUCGAGCACUGCGACGUAUUGGGAUAUUUGGGGACUAGCACAAAUUACGAUGUGCUGAACGAUAUACCGUGCGACUUGAAGAGAUACUAUAUCUGCGAGGCACCUCAGCCCAAGACAGCCUCGUUUUUUAUAUGGUAAAAUAUAAUAUUGUGCCCCAAACUAUCCGAUUGAGUCCUGCCCAGUUGACCACUAAGACGAAGCCAGUCCAAUUCUCGUUGGAUAAUUUUUAUGAAUUUUUGUUUUGUUUUGUUUACUUUUUAUUAAAAAUGUAAAUUCUGAAAAUGCGGAAU